AUAGGCGUAUACAUUGCUUUCUGUCUCUGAAAGAGAUAUGGAGGCUGCCAAUGUGGAUGAUUUGCGCGUCCUUUAUCAGAGCACAGACUUUAUUGUACUGGACAAGCAUUGGGACAUCCGCAUCGACAGUAAGCAGUGGUAUGAGACGUGCACGGUGCAGAAGCAAUUGAAGCGCAAAUUUCCUGAGCUUGCUGACCCCAGCACUUACUACGGAUUCAGGUUCUGCCAUCAACUGGACUUUUCUACCAGUGGAGCUCUCUGUGUUGCCCUUAACCGAAAUGCAGCAGGAAGAGCGUAUCGGUGCUUCAAGGAACGCCUGGCCACAAAAGCUUACCUGGCACUGGUACGCGGCCAUCUCUCGAGAAUCCGCAUGACCAUUGAUUAUGGAAUUGGCAAAAACAGCACUGAGGGAAUGACCCACAUGAUGUGUGCAGAAGGGACACCUGGUUGUACAAAUGUGAAGCCAUGCAAAACAGAGCUUUUUGUGCUACAGUAUGGGACAUAUGAUGGUCAGCCGGUGACAAAGGUUCUGCUGCAGCCUUUGACAGGUAGGACUCACCAGCUCAGAGUACAUUGCAGUGUAAUUGGACACCCUAUUGUUUGA